CCCAAACACCCCUGAUCUUCUGUCAGUGUGAUGGAUGCAGAGGUGGUUCUGCAGGAUGAGGACAGAGGCUCGUGGACGCUGCUUUCCUGGCUGGCGGCCUUCGUCAUGGUGUUUGGAGGGGCCUUGCCCUAUGUGCCACAGUACCAGGAGAUCCAGAAGAGUAACAACAGUGAGGGCUUCUCCACCAGAGUCUGCCUGGUGCUGCUCAUAGCCAACAUCCUGCGCAUAUUCUUCUGGAUAGGGAAACAGUUUGAGCUGACACUGCUGCUCCAGAGUGUGGUGAUGAUCCUCACCAUGUUUGCCAUGCUCCACCUCUGCUGCACAGUCCAAAACACCAACCGAGUGAGCACCAAGCGUCACCGACUUUCAGCAUGUGUGAGGAAGGGUGGAGUGCUUCGGUGAUGCCUCACAUCCUCAAUUCCAUCCUUCAUUCCUUCAUCCUCAGCGCCAAGGUCACUGCAACUCAGCACUGCCCCC